AUGCGGCGGGACCGGCGCUCGGAGCGCUGUGGGGCCGGGAACGGGACCCGGGCCGGGGAAUACGGGUCCGGGUCCUGCCGGUGUCUGCUGGGGGUCCCGGGGCGAGUGGGCGGUGGGUCCUGGAGCCGCAAGACCGGGGCGGGAUUGGGGCAGGGAUCGGGACAGGAAUCGCCGCGGGGAGGCGGAGCCGCUCCGGGACGGGCGCGGACCGAGCCCGGCGCUGCCGCUCCCGCUCGGACCGCGGCCGGUGCGGGGCUGCGCUCCCGCCGGGGCUCCGGGCAGGUCCCGCCGCGGCCGCGGGGAGCCGGGGCUGUGCCGGGGCCGGGCCCGGCAGGAGGCGGCGCUUUCCCGGAGCAGGCGCUGGAUCGCGGCUGGAAGCGGGCGGGGCGCGGGGACCGCCUGGGCCGGCCCCGGGACCCCUCAGGGGCGCCGCUCCCUCAGCGCCCCCCGGGAGGGGCGCCCUCUGGCGGACACGGAGCGGCGCUGCGAGUGCGGCGGCCCCCGGUGCGCGCUCCCGCCGGGCGGCGGCCCCCGGUGCGCGCUCCCGCCGGGCGGCGGCCCCCGGUGCGCGCUCCCGCCGGGCGGCGGCCCCCGGUGCGCGCUCCCGCCGGGCGGCGGCCCCCGGUGCGCGCUCCCGCCGGGCGGCGGCCCCCGGUGCGCGCUCCCGCCCGCGGGACGAGCGCGGCUGCAUCGCCGCGGGCCGGAGGAGCCGCUCCGGGCCGUGCCCGGCGCUGCCGCUCCUGCUCCGACUGUGCCCGGGGCGGGACGGGCCCCGCCGGGGCUCGGUUCUGCUCGGGCCGCUCAUCCGACAUCUGCCAGAGCACAGGGUAUCCUGCGUUAGAAAGAGCCACGAGGAGCAUCAAGUCUCAUGAUGGGAGAGAUGAGCAAGCCAAGUCCUGAGGGUUCCCUUGGUCCAUGGCCAAAGUUCUUCGGGAGAGUGCCGGGGCUGGUCCCGCCUGCAGAGGGGCGUUUCCUGCAGGUGAGUGUUCACAGCCCAAAACCUCAGUGGGACUGAGGCCGGGGCUGCUUCUCAGGCCCAGAGCUGCACGGAGCCCUCGGGGACUCCUGCUCCCUGCCAGGAACGUUCCUCGGUGUUCCCGGUGUGUCCCAGCGGGGCGGGAACGCGGGGCGGGAGGAGGCCGAGCCCCAGGAGGGGAAGCAGCCCCUCUUGUCCUUGGCACCUGCAGGGCAGGAGCUGUGCCUCAGUGUCCUGCCCGUGGCAGGCAGCGUGCCAAACGCAUCCCGGGGAUGGGCGCUGGGGUGCCCGGGCAAGGGGGUAGAAUCCACUGAAUUCCAGGAACUCUGUCAGGUGCCCCCAGGGACAUUGGUA